ACGAUGUUUCAACAAAAUUGCUCAGUUCAACAUUAGCAUUGCCAAGAUUAGGAGGGUGCUCUCAGUGUCGAGUUGAUUUUUGUCAUGAACAUUUUAAUUUGCAGUUUGUUGGCCUCCUUAAUUUGUAGUGCCAGUCCAUUCUCACAAAAUGGUGGCCAGCUUAGAACCUACGAAAUUCAAACGGAUUCGGAACGCGUUGAUCUGUACGAAUGCGAAACCGAAACAGUUAAAAUUAAUCCGGUCAAAGGUCGAUUCCAGCUGUUAUACCUGUUCGUUCGGUUCAACAAGUUGAAAGCCAUCCCGGACAAUGUGUGUGCCUUGCCGCGGCUGCGAGAACUCGUUCUUAACGAUAACGAGAUAACGACCGUUCAAAUGAGCGACUUGAACUGUCUCACCAACCUAGAAGUGAUUGCUUUGCACAGAAAUCGAAUUGUAACGGUCGAUGCUUGGCAAUCUGUGAGGCUGCCAAAGUUACGGGAUCUGUACCUGGACCAAAAUCAGUUGUCGGAGUUCAGUUUUGCUGGUUGGAAUGUUCCCGCGCUGAGAAGGGUCCAUCUAUUCGAUAAUAAUCUGAAGGUCGUUGAAGCUGUCUCCACUGCCCUACCCUCGUUGAAGACUUUGCGGAUCUACGACAACCCACUGAACUGCUUCUGGGUGAAGGCUGUGACCAGCAAGUUGCACGCUCGGAAUAUCCGCGACAUUGGAAACAUGGACUGCGAGCAAGGUUCAACGUUUGAAGCCGUAGAACACAUGGCCGAAAUGGCUGAAGAGCGGAAGGAGCGCCAGAAAUUGACGGAGAAUUCCCAGCUCGAGUUGUUGGUGCGGUUGUUGCAGCAGCAGAACGAACUCUUGACGAAGAAGCUGCAAAAGUUGGAGGAACAGAAGGAGAAUUCGAACAAUUCUUAUUUCAAAUAGAUCAUGAAAUGUAAUUUCAGUAAUAUAAAAAAAUCAAAAUUAGGCCAAACCUACCAAAAUUAAAAUUAAUUAGACUUGUAUGAUUCGAUAUUAUUUUUAAGGUCCUCACAGCUUUUUGGAAUGCAAUU